UAAAAGAAAAAGGCUUGGCUUUCAGGCUUUGUUCCUACGAGCAAACCCAGUUCUCGCCCAGCAACCACAACCGCUUCUUCUUCUUCCUCCUCCUCUCAUUUUAUUUUUUCCAUUUAUAUCUUCCAAUACCUCCUUACCGCUAUUGAUUCCAUUCGAUUUCUUGAAUUCUGUUGGGGGAAAGAAGAAGAGAGCUUGUAGGGAGGGUAUCAAUUAGUAUUCACUAAUGGAGAAAUGGAUCUUUUUGUUGCUGUUGGUGAUUGUGUUUGGGAAGCUAACGUUCGUUGCCUUCUGCGCUAGGGUUCCGAUUUGUACUCCGAGGUCUGUUAAAGAUUACUACACCUUUGAGUUACGCGAUCCGACUUGUCCACUUUCUGACGAAUUACACGAGCGUCUUCAUUUUGUUGUCGUCACCGAGGGUGAUGAGCGUUGGUUGCAAACAGCUUUGGAUAUGAUUCACAAAAACAAGUGUAACUAUGUGGCUUUGCUCUUCUAUGCAUCAUGGUGUCCUUUCUCAAUCUCCUUUAGACCAAGCUUCCAUGUCAUCUCUUCUCUCUACUCCUCAAUUCCUCACUUUGCAAUAAAGGAAUCAUCCGUUAAGCCAAGCACCCUCUCUAAGUAUGGAGUUCAUGGGUUUCCUACUCUCUUGCUUGUGAAUUCAACAAUGAGGGCACGGUACCGAGGAACUAGAAUGCUUGAUUCUCUUGUUGCUUUCUACACCGAUGUUACCGGCAUUGAGACGCUGGAUAAGACUUCCAUCGAGAAAAGCGUACCAGUUCCUCAUCUUGGCAACGAAGACAAUACUGAGCCAGAGAACUGCCCUUUCACAUGGGCGAGAUCACCCGAGAAUAUGAUUCGCCAAGAGACCUGUUUGGCUCUUGCUGUCGCAUUCAUUCUGUUGAGAUUGCUCUAUUUGGUUUAUCCUGCACUCGUUGUGUUGAUGAAGUACACUUGGAGACGGAUUGCUCAUAACUUGAGACAGGAAAGCCCGUCGGGUUUCUCAGCCGAGCUGUACAACUAUGCAUGCAUCUUAUAGAGCCUUGCAAGAGGAGAAAUCUGCAGGGAAGAGCCAGCCAUGAACGCUAGAGCAUUGGCCUCCUAGUCUUUGGCCACUGUCUCAAUUGGGGAUUCAAGCUCAUCAAACAGAGUAAGUUCAGCUAGUUCUCAGUGACUUCAAAAUUCUAGAAAGAUAGCAAAUGUGGUCAGCUAAAAUGCUUGGCUGUAGCAGCCAUAUGUUACACCUUUUUAGGAUACAGUUUUGCCUCUUUCCUGUAUAAUCCAUAGCUGAACAGUUUGUACCAAAAGUGUAUCGAUGGCAAUAUUAUAAAAGUCAAUUCAUGAUGUUUCUGUCAA